UGAUCUAGACUUUAAAAGUUACCUUUUGUUAAAGAAAAAAAUCCAAUAUUUGUGAUUAGGGAUGUGAUGGGAGACUAAUAGUUAUGAAUGAAUAUAAAUAAGGGGAAGGAGUGGUGGAUGGGAGCAUUGCAUUUCCAAAUGGAGUUGGCUAACAUAGCAAAGUGCUUAUUGUUGGGUGUUGUGAUUCUGUGGAUUCAAAUCCAUGGAAACAAAGGUUGCUUUGAAGAAGAGAGAUUGGCUCUCUUAGAUUUCAAGGCAUUUGUUGGAUCAAAUGGGUUUGACGCAGACCAUCUUCUUCCUUCAUGGAUUGAUGAUCCAACCAGCAAUUGUUGUAAAUGGGAGCGUGUCAUGUGCAACUCAACUACAGGUCACGUGAUUGAACUUUCGCUCAACAAUACACGAUGUUGUGAAAGAUUAUCAAAACUGAAGAAACUGGAAGUUUUAGACCUUGCUCGGAAUAGAUUCAAUAAUAACAUUUUAUCAUUAUUGAGUGCUCUUAUGUCACUUAAGACUUUGAUUCUUCGCGACAAUAGAAUGGAAGGUUCUUUUCCUAUGCAAGAGUUAAAGAACUUGAAUAACUUACAAUUCUUGGACAUAAGUUAUAACAAUUUCAAUGGUAUCCUAUCAUUUAAAGAAUUAAAGAAUUUGAAGAGCUUAAAAUUGUUGAAUAUAAAUGGUAACAGUUUCAAUAGCACCCCAGUUUCUAUCUUAGGAUUAUGCGGACUGAAAAGUUUGGUUGAGUUGGAUCUCCAAGGAAAUCAAUUUUCUGGCCUUCUUCCAGAAUGUAUUGGCAACUUGACCAACCUCCAAUUUCUUGAUCUAUCAUUCAAUCAGUUGAGUGGCAACAUUCAAUCUAUUGUUUCUGAACUCACCUCCCUCAAGUAUUUGCUUCUUUCUGGCAAUGAGUUUGAAGGCUCAUUCUCAUUUAACGCUUUGGCUAACCACUCAAAACUUGAAGCAUUUAUACUCUCUCCCGGAAAUAGCAGGCUAGAAGUGGAAACAGAAAAUCCAACAUGGUUUCCUGCAUUUCAACUCAAGUACAUUCGAUUAUCAAAUUGCAGCUUAAACGUGAGAACUAGAGCUAUUCCUAGCUUUCUUCAUUACCAGUAUGACAUACGCUUUAUUGAUCUUUCUCAUAAUACGUUGGUUGGAACGUUCCCCACUUGGAUCUUACAAAACAAUUCCAAGUUAGUAGUUAUGGAUUUGAGAAACAACUCAUUCACAGGAACAUUUCAGCUGCACAAUUUCAAGCAUGAUCUCGUUCAGUUAGAUAUUUCGAGCAAUAAUCUCACUGGUAUGCUGCCGAAGGAGUUUGGAUUGGUCCUCCCAAGACUAGAAUAUAUAAACAUGUCGAGGAAUAAUUUCGGUGGUAAUGUUACUUUUUCAAUCAGUGAGACGCCAACACUAUCUACUCUGGAUUUAUCCCAUAAUAAUUUCUCGGGAGAGUUGCCAGGAAGUCUGUUUGCAAAUUGUACCAUGUAUUGUGCACUGUUUCUAUCCAACAACAAUUUUCAAGGUAACGUUUUUCCUCAGGAUAUGGACUUGAGAAGCAUGGCGGUAUUGGAUAUGAAAAACAACAACUUCAGUGCGAUGGUAGGUGCAGACUUGUUGAAUAGCCGCAGCCUAUCAAGCCUCAUUUUUUUUGACAUAUCCAAUAACAAGGUAUCCGGUCCAAUUCCGAGACUUCUAUAUAAUCUGACCUAUCUUGUCUUUUUAGAUCUCUCAAAAAAUAAAUUGUAUGGGUCUAUGCCUUCCUGCUUCAAUUCUUCAUCAUUGUCCUUUGUGUUUUUACAAAAGAACAAUCUAAGUGGACCCAUACCCCAUGAGCUUCUCAGAAGUCCUAAUUUAGUGGCACUUGAUCUGAGGGAUAACAAUUUUUCUGGAAAUAUUCCAUUUUGGAUCGGUCAGUUCUCUGAAUUGCAAAUGCUUUCAUUGGGAGGGAAUGCAUUACACGGCCGUAUUCCUAAUCAGUUGUUUGAAUUAAGAAAUGCGAAGAUAAUGGAUCUUUCACGCAACUUACUUUUUGGUUCCGUACCUGCAUGCUUUAGUAACAUUUCUUUUGGCAAUUACAUAUUAUUGGGGAAGACGGAAGAAGUUGAUUUUCACUAUUUUAUGGUUUUCCAUUUGGGUGGCCAUCAAAUCGCUCUUAAUCUCAAUUUGCCAUGGGUAGAUUGGUAUUCUUCAGAAAUUGUGGAAGUGGAAUUUGCAACGAAAUAUAGAUACAACUCCUACAAGGGUGAUAUUAUCAACUCAAUGGCAGGAAUAGAUCUAUCAUGCAAUGAGUUAAGUGGCAGCAUUCCUCAAGAAAUUGGAGACCUGCAUGAAAUUCGAUCAUUGAAUUUGUCUCACAAUCAUAUAACAGGAUCUAUACCGGUCAGUUUUUCAAAUCUAAGGAGUUUAGAGAGCUUAGAUCUUGGCAACAAUAAUUUGAGUGGUGAAAUCCCCAGUGAACUAGUUGCGCUGACCUUUUUGGAAACUUUCAAUGUUUCAUACAACAAUUUAUCAGGUAGAGUUCCUAAUGGAGCGCAAUUUGGAACUUUCGAUGAAAACAAUUACAGAGGUAAUCCUGGUCUCUGUGGAGAACCCAUUCAUAAGAGCUGCAAAAGUGAUGAAGCUCCACAAACACCGCCACCAUCUGCUGAUGUAGAAGAGGAAGAUGAAGGGGGUAUUGAUAUGGUGUGGUUCUAUUGGAGUUUCAGUGGUUCCUAUGUCACAAUCCUAUUGGUGUUGGCAGCAAUCCUCCGCAUCAACAGGCAUUGGCGCAUGUUGUGGUUUUAUUAUGUUGAUGUUUGUAUUUAUUCAAUUUCCAUUUGGGUUUGUCGGAACUGAUUUCAAGCAAUAGUCUGACGGAAAGACACAUUGUAAUACAAUAUAUAUAUAUAUAUAUAUAUAUAUAUUUGGUUUUAAUGUUGAUGUUGCCCUUAUUUUGCUUCUGGUAGAAUUCUGGUUUCUAAGGAUGUUGGUCUAGUGGAAAUGGAAGAACCUUAGGGCAAUAUGGAUACUGCUCUCUAGUGUUUAGGAAGGAAAAGAACUCUAGAUUGAUGCAAUUUUAAAGGAAUGGUUCUUGGGUUUACUUUGCUGCAAGAAUGCUAGGGCCAUGAGGUGUUUUCAUGGCUUCUGAAUCACGGAGUGAGCAAAUAAAAAGGUCAGAAGAAUGGAGAAUUUUUUCAUAUCAUUCAUCAUGAGAAUACAUGGAUAUUUAUACAGAUCUGGAGAAGAUUCUAGACUGCUCUACACAAUAAUUCUAGAAUAAAUACAAAUUUGUUACAACAGAUUCUAACUCAUAGGUCUGUUACAACAAAUUUGAUCUGAAGAAUGGAUCUCACAAUAUUUUGUUUUUUUGAUUUCUA